UGACUACUUCCUGUUAGCAACCUGUCAGUUCAAACUGACUCUGAGCAGCUUAGUUGUAGACCGUAACCAGGGAGUCCUCCUGGAUUAACCGUUACCCCACGGCUGCACAUGGAUAAAACACAUUUCAGACCAUAAAAUGUUUUUCGGUUAUUUUCGUCCAUGUUUGCAGCUUCCGGUUCUCUUCGCAGCGCAGCUCGGCGGAGUUUAGGAUGGAGUCCAGCAGCCUGGGGAGCGACUGUCUGUCCCCGGAGUCGACGGUGACGUCUCUGCUGUCGCGCUCCGGCCACCUGCGCAGCGGCCUGCAGCCUGCGGGCCGCAGCGCCAGCGCCACCUUCAGGUUCAGAGACCAGGUCUUUGAUUCGGCGUCGGCGGCGCUGGACGCCUACAUCACAGACUUCAACCGCAGCUGCCAGCAGUGCAGGUCGCUGACGGCGUCGCUGGUUCUGCCACGCAGCCAGCCGGCCAAUCACAGGACGGCCAGAAACAGAGACGUCCUCCGGGAGCGUCUGACCGACAGGGAGCUGGACUUCCUCAGCCUCCCCGUCAGCUCCCUCCAUCACCGCCUGAACCGCGACCGCAUCUCCAUGACAACAGAGGAGCUGCUGUCCAUCCCCUGCGACGGCUCGAUGCCCGUCACUCACACGUCUGCCUUCAUCCGAGGCGUCCUGUGCCGGUCCCGGGGUUCUGAACCGGUCCCGUCCUGCGCCGGAUCCAGACUCAGCAGCAGCCAUGUUGCUCACCAACACCUUCACCUGGACCCAGGGCCUCCAGACCAGUACCAGAACCAGAAACAGAACCGUUUUCCUGCUAGGACCUCCAGGUCGAGAGGGAGGCUGCAGACGGACAGACUGAGCCAGUCUGCUGACAUUCCUGCUUCUGCACACAGAGCUGCAGAUCUGCACCUUCCUCGCUGGGUGACCAGCAACAAGUCGGUCCUGGGCUGCUCUGAGGUCAGCAGCCUGCCGGACCUGACCUACCCCAGCUGGGUCCUCCGCGCCGCCGAGCCGCCGCCCUGGGAGGAGCGCGGCGAUGCUUCACCUGGAGCGGCCAGAGGGAGAGCUCCGUCCUGGGUGUUGGACCUGGAGAUGGACGAAGAGCUGAAGGCAGCACCAGCACAGCUGAGAGGGAGGUCAAAGUGUGUGGUUCAGGCUGAAGGGGAGCAGACGCUCCGAGAGCUGCGGCUGCAGCUGGCCGAACACAUCUCUGCCCUCACUGCCCAGGGGAACGGAUCCGGCAGCCUGGCGGCGCCGUUCAGAGACAACAGGAUCGAGUCUCUAAUCCAGAAGGCCGAUCAGGUUCUGGACGCCCUGAGUUCUGGAGGAGCAGAAGGUUCUGGAGGAGCAGGAGGUUCUGCAGGAGCAGAGGGUUCUGGAGGGAAAGUGAGUCCUGUUGGCACCGAGGACCUGCUGCUGUCCUCGCCUCUUCGCUGCCCCUCCCCCACUCUAACCACAGAGCUGGAGUCGGAUCAGACUCUGCUGGAUCAGGAGGUUUUGAGCAGUGGUUACCAUGGAAACGACACUGGUACGCAGCCCGGCCCGGUGGAGGCCAUGAAGCAGAUGCUGUUCCGGCUCCAGGCCGUGGAGGCGGAGCUUCAGAGGCAGCGGAUGGACGCCGACGGACAGAAGACGCCGGAGAAACAGGAAGCCGACGUUGAUCCAGAGCUGCAGAGUUUCCCAGGAAGUCCAUCGCUAAAGAGAGUCGGGCUGUACCUGAACCGCCUGAAGCUGCUGGUGGAGGAUCCGGGUCAGAGAGGAAGACGGACGGACUCCUCCUCCCAGCAGGACUCGUCCUGAAGCAGACGGGCCGGCCCGGUUCUGCUGACGUUCUGAACCUCGGACUAAAAUAAAAACGUUUCAGUA